GGGAUGGGGAAACCCACCUCGGCCGAUGAGAUGAAAAGACCGACAUUUCUUGCUGUGUGACGAAAGUAUGAAAUGUUCUUCUUUACGGAUACCUUGCCUUAGGUUCAAUGUGGACAUCUCAAGGCUGAUGAAAGGGACACCUUUGUGGUCAAGAACUCUGUCUACACUCGUAUUCAGCCCAGACGAUGCUUGCUACCGCGACUCCGCUCAGCAGCACAUCUUUCUCAGCAUUGACGAUGGCCUCACAUCCUGAGGAAAAGGGCUCAUUCGGCCUAGGCCGAGAGGACGUCGAGUCUCCCGCCGUGAAAGAGGAACCCUUGCCAUCCUCCCCAACGCCAGCCGACGCCGAAGAAGAGAAAGCGCUUCUCUGGAAACAAGAUAAACGCAUCAUCCCGCUCUCCGCGAGCAUCUACUUCCUCUGCUUUCUCGACCGUUCCAACAUCGGCAACGCAAAGAUCCUCAACUCCUCCACGGGUCACGACAUGCAAACCGAGACUCACAUGUCCAACCACGACUUCACAAUCGCCCUCAUGAUCUUCCUCAUCGCCUACGCAAUUUUCGAGGUCCCCUCCAACAUCCUCCUCAAGAAGCUCCGGCCCUCGCGAUGGCUCGCCUUCCUCAUGUUCUCCUGGGGCUCCGUGACCAUUGGACUCGGCGGCGCAAACAGCUUCGCGACGGUGACGGGCGUACGGUUUCUCCUCGGCGUCUUUGAGGCUGGGCUGUUCCCGGGAUUGGUCUACUAUCUCACCUUUUGGUACAAGCACGACGAGAGGAGUGUGAGAGUCGCCAUGAUUCUCGCGAGUGCGACGUUGGCGGGUGCGUUUGGCGGGGCGAUUGCGUACGGAAUUGGGCAUAUGAAUCAGGUGCAUGGUAUGUCGGGGUGGCGAUGGCUCUUCAUCCUCGAGGGCAUCCCUUCGUGUCUGUCUGCCUUCUUCGUGUGGUUCUUCUUACCUGAUUAUCCCGAAAGCGCCAGCUGGCUGUCAGAGCGAGAGAAGGAUCUCGCGCUGCGGAGACUCUACCACGAGGGCAGCAAGAGCAGCCAUAAGACCAUGUCGUGGGAGGAAGCCAAGGCGACGCUGACGGACUGGAGACUGUACGGGCACUACCUGGUGUACUUUGCCAUGUCGACACCGUUCUCAUCGCUGUCACUGUUCACGCCGUCCAUCACCUCAGGGCUCGGGUUCGUCGAUCUACAAGCGCAGCUGAUGACGGUUCCCCCAUACGCUGCAGCAUACGUGGUGCAAAUCCUCGUAGCCUGGUCUGCAGACCACUUCAACGCCCGCGGCGUCCACUCGGCAGCUCUAGCCCUCAUAGGCGGCAUCGCCUUCGCCGUCUCGGCCGUCCUCCCGCCCGACGCUUAUAACGCGCGCUACGGGUGCCUCAUCGUCGGCGCCUCGGGCGCCUUUGCGUGCAUCCCGCCGCUGCUGGGCUGGCUGACGUCCAACAUCUUCAGCACAGCGGCGACGGGGCUCGCCAUCGCGCUCAACGUCAGCAUUGGCGCCGGCCUCGGGCAGAUCCCGGGCGUAUGGGUCUACAAGGCCGAGGAGAAGGCCCGGGGGUACCCGACCGGCCACUGGGCUAACGCGGCGCUGCUUUUCGUCGUUGUGGUUGGGUGUGCGGCGCUGAGGGUGUACUACGGGGUCAAGAACCGGGGGAUUGUACGGCGGGCAGCGGAGGACGGGACGGAGCCGAGGUUGUACAAGUUGUAAUGGCCUUUUGGGGAGCAUUGUAUCUGUACUCUGUCUUGCAAACUGUUGUCUCCUCGGCCAUGCUUCCGCUGCAAGUAGUCCCAGUUAUCAAAGUUUGCGUCAAUGAGUCGCAAGGUUUCAGGAUUGGGCGAACGCGUUGAGUUGGGUGGGCAUGAAUCCCACCGGUAACCUAAGCUGGAGAUACGCGUCUUGCCAACCCCAAUUACUCUUACAUGUUCGUAUGGCGAUCUCGCAAAAGUUCGUCGAAAAAAGUUGAGGCUGUCG